CGCAAGCAUUCAACAACUCCCGAUCCGGAACAAUAACGCUGCGGCUAUGAACAUCGAUAUUCACCCGCUAACGCACGAUCCCACGUCGGCAUGGAAGGAAAUUUCGAAAUCGCAGCGUGUGAUAAAAAUCAACACCAAACCGCCGGCAGCGGACGUGCCACCGAACAAAGUGCGGGUCGUCUGCAUGUCCGACACCCAUUCGCUGACGCAUCACAUCAAGUUCGACAUUCCCGAGGGCGAUAUUUUCAUACACGCCGGGGAUUUUACGCGCUGUGGCAAGCUGGAUGAAGUGGUGGACUUCAACGAAUGGUUAAAGAAACUGCCACAUAAACACAAGCUGGUAAUUGCAGGGAAUCAUGAGCUUAGCUUCGACCAUACCUUCACCCAUCCGUUUCAAAAUGCAAGCGCCUGCUGCAAGAAAACGGGCUCCACCUUGCUGGACGAAAUACCAACGCUGGGCAACUCCAAGGAAAGCCUGGCGGAAGCGGUGAAAACGGAAAACAUUCGACAGUAUUUGAGCAACUGUACCUACCUGCAGGAUGAGUGCAUUGAGCUGUACGGUUUGCGAAUUUACGGAACGCCCUGGCAACCAGAGUUUUGCAAGUGGGCAUUCAACGUGAAGCGCGGCCAGGCAUGCCUAGAAAAGUGGGAACAGAUACCGGAGAAUGUGGAUAUCCUCGUGACACACACACCGCCCGUCGGGCACGGAGAUCUUUGCUGUUCGGGAGUGCGUGCCGGGUGUGUGGAACUGUUGGCCACGGUACAGCAGCGUGUCAAGCCGAAGUAUCACGUAUUCGGGCACGUCCACGAAGGUUACGGCAUUACCUCGGACGGGAGAAUUAUCUUCGUGAAUGCUUCAACGUGCGAUAUUAACUACCUGCCCAAUAAUCAACCGAUAGUUUUCGAUGUGACUCUUCCGAAGGGUCAUACCAAAGAUGAUUAGACCGAUUGCAAAGGUUUCCCGUGUUAAACGGCCAACUGUGCCAUACCAUGACAUGCACUUUACAGCAUCGUGACCACUACCACUAGCGUAGUUUCCGCACUGACAAAUCGAAAACCAUACAACAACUGCGGCGAAUGUGACCGCCCAGCUCAAAGUCCCUAUAAAACACCCUACAACAUCUAGCAGGCUGAUUAGUUUUACUGGAAGGGAGUGAUCCAGUCCAUCGCCUACUCGAUGGUUGCUUUGUCACCAGGCAAUUUUGGUUACGUACUGUUCGAAUUGGCACGUAUUAAAGAUCUCCGUGUGGCGAAGAUCGUGUGUUCAAAAACACCCGAGAACCAAUGGUUCAUCCAACAGAAAUGGAACAUUAGGUAUUAUUGUGCACGUGUGGUUGUUUUGCUUCAACGAAUUUUCUAUGCAGAUGUCUUUCUUCCUUUCCUCUAUAAACUACAAGAUAUACAUCUGCCUUAAGGAAGUACGAUUGUGGCCUUUUAAUGCCAAUAAAGCAAACAAAAAGAGGAAGCUAAUACCAGUCAUAGGACAACUCCAUAGGACAGUUCUUGUACUGAACCGCACAAAGAGAAACGCAAUUAGUCAUUAUUGGGGUAAAGGAACGUAAUAAAAUAAGUCACAUUAAGACUAGAGUUUAGCUGUGAAAAAUAUUAGCUACACGUUCGUUUUCUAUUUAUAUAGCGUAACAGUAGGGUUAAUUGAACAGUAGAAGUAAUUGCUCAAGCUCAUUUCAAUAUUUUGAAUUCAAAACCAAUACUUGAAUGAAUGCUACAUGGCUUGAACCAUUCUUACCCUUGUCUGGGAAGUUUCGGUUGCUUUCGGUAAGGAUAUUAUAAUGUUUGUGAUUCAUUUUACUUAGAUGCGGAAGCUGUAAAAUCAUGAUGUAUUUUUACAUUCGUUUUUUUGGAAAUACAGAUUUUGUUUGUUUAUUAUGUCGAAUUCUUGAGCAUUGUUGCGCAACACUCUUUCUUUCGCAAGUAAUAAAAAACAUCUAUGCAAGAGAUUUGUGUUCAAUUGUGCUAUUUAUUAUAAAACUACUUCCGGAUUGUGUUUUUCUUUCAACCAAAUCGGUAGUACAUUUAUAACUUGCACGGCCUCUACUUUGUGGUAGCUAAUAUCAGCACUAGCUAACAUGGUUUUAUAUCAAAUUACGAUAAACUAAACAUAAAUUGUACCAUAAAAUAAAAUGUAUGUUUGUGUUGUUACAUUCAUUUCGGGGUCGAAUCGGGGAGAAUGUUGUGGCCAAAAAUAUAUAAUAACAGCAGUACCUUGGGCGUUUCACGAUCGAGCCUAAGUGAAAUAUAUCCUCUCACAGAAUUUAUGUUAAA